AUGAACGUGUUCCGACUGAAAUCAAGUGCCAACUCAAAUAAAACCAACGGUACGCAGUCGAAGGCGUCGAGUAUCUCGGAGAGUGUGCCGGUCACCCACGAGCCGUUGCUGUCACCGCCAGCCGAUUAUUCACCCAGCUUGCAGCCUGCGCUGGACGAGUCGCAGCAGGACAAACUUGAAAAGCUACGAACGUAUAUUCAGAGUAUCAUGCUGCCAGAGGACCACGAAUACUAUGCUAGCGAGAAGGGUUUUGUCACCGAUGGCACGUUGAAGCGAUAUUUGCGUGCUCGUAAAUGGGAAUAUGAGGCCUCUAAAACCAUGUUGGAGAACACUGUUCGAUGGCGCCGUGAUUACCGGCCCGACGAGUUAGACCCGGACUAUAUUAAGCCUGAGGCUGAAACGGGUAAGAUGUAUUUCGAUGGUUUCGAUAACGCUGGUCGACCCAUCUGGAUCAUGCGACCUAGACAACAAAACUCCAAAGAUGCCGACCGCCAGGUCAAGCAUAUCGUGUUUUGUCUGGAACGCGGUAUUCGUCUUAUGCCGGCCAAGGUCGAAAACAUUGCGAUCAUUGUGGACUUUAAAGACUCUGCUUACGCGCACAAUCCCAGUAUUGCCACUUGCAAAAAGUUCUUGGAUAUUUUGAGCAACCAUUAUCCUGAAAGACUCGGUAUUGCAUUUGUUGUCAAGUCGCCAUGGUUUUUCUUCACGACAUUCAAGAUGAUUUCACCCUUUAUGGAUCCCGUGACCAAGGCUAAAAUCAAAUUUGUUCACGAUGAGGACAAGAAAGGUGGCAAGGAAGAUACCAAGGGGAUGAGCAACGAAUGGGUGAAUUUGAAGGAUUAUGUCCCCAAGGACAUGCUCGAAUGCGAAUACGGCGGAACAUACAACUUUUCGUACGACGUCGACUCGUACUGGAAUGCUCUCUUGGAGCAUACGGGCAAACCAUACAAGGUUAUAGAUUACAUGUAA